AUGGCUUGUUUCAUGGCUUUGGGGACUUUUUUAUUGUCAAUAAGGGCUGAAGACGUUGACAGCAUGGUGCAUGCGCAUUACCCCAGAAAACGUAUGCCUUACAAUUUAGGCAGCACUGCACAAUAG